AUGAAGGCCCGUCCAGCGCUGCUGCCCUUCGCCCUCUGCCUCGCUUUGGCUCCUGUGUGUUUCGGAGCAGCGAUCCCGAUUGCGUGCAGCUCCAUCUACAAGAGCUUCGCUCAGUGUUUGCUCACUCUCGGGGACAGUUUGGUGGAAACACAAAAAGAGCAGGACACUCAAGACAUUGACUCAGUCUGCAGGUCCUGGAACGAGUUUCAUGUCUGCGCCAACUCGGCCCUGGCUGGUUGUCCCGGGGAGGCAGCAGCCAUCUGGGAGUCCCUGAGACAGGAGUCCAGGAAGACGCAGUUCUCUGGGAACCUGUACGCCAUGUGCGCCAGCCGCACCACCCUCCCCUCCAGCACUCCACCCGCUCCUCAGAGCUCUCCCACCUCUGACCAGACCAACCAGGAGACCCUGAAGGGUCGGACGCAGAGGAGCGGCCCGGCCUCCAUCACGCUGUUGAUCCCGGCGCUGCUCGCCCUCCUGAGGAGCUAGUCCACCC